CCGCGGACCCUCAAGCCUCUGGCGCAGCGAUGGCGGAGGCGGUGGAGCGCACAGACGAGCUGGUCCGGGAGUACCUGCUCUUUCGAGGCUUCACGCACACACUGCGGCAGCUGGACGCCGAAAUCAAGGCGGACAAGGAGAAGGGGUUCCGGGUGGACAAGAUUGUGGACCAGCUACAGCAGUUAAUGCAGGUGUAUGACUUAGCUGCCCUUCGGGAUUACUGGAGCUACCUGGAACGAAGGCUCUUUAGCCGCUUGGAGGAUAUAUAUAGACCCACCAUCAACAAGCUGAAAACCAGCCUUUUCCGCUUUUAUCUUGUCUACACAAUCCAGACAAACAGAAAUGACAAGGCUCAGGAAUUCUUUGCAAAGCAGGCCACAGAGCUUCAGAACCAGGCUGAGUGGAAGGAUUGGUUUGUCCUGCCUUUCCUGCCAUCCCCAGACACCAACCCCACCUUUGCUACCUACUUUUCUCGACAGUGGGCUGACACCUUUAUUGUGUCCCUCCACAACUUCCUGAGUGUCCUGUUUCAGUGCAUGCCAGUUCCAGUGAUCCUGAACUUUGAUGCAGAGUGCCAGAGGACGAACCAGAUUCAAGAAGAAAAUGAAGUUCUGCGUCAGAAGCUUUUUGCCUUGCAAGCUGAAAUCCACCGACUAAAGAAGGAGGAGCAGCAACCUGAAGAGGAGGCGGCCUUGGUCCAACACAAAUUGCCUCCUUAUGUCUCCAAUAUGGACCGCCUGGGGGACUCAGAGCUAGCCAUGGUAUGCAGCCAGAGGACCACCUCCCUCUCCCAGUCGCCUCGAGUAGGAUUCCUGUCCUCGUUGCUGCCUCAGAGUAAGAAGAGCCCCUCAAGGUUGUCGCCUGCCCAGGGACCUCUGCAGACUCAGAGCUCAGUCAAGAAAGAGUCCUUCAGCAGUCAGGCCUCCAAGGGUAAGGACCUGGUGCCAGGGGCCAAGGAUGGGAAGAGCCUCCUGGGCGGGCCAGCCUCGGGAGAGUCCAGCUGGGUACAGCAGCGGCAGCGGCGCCUGCAGGACCAUGGCAAGGAGAGGAAGGAGCUUUUCUCUACCACCUCCUCCCAGUGUGCAGAGAAGAAACUGGAAGCCAGUGGCCCUGAGGCUGAGCCCUGCCCAGAUCUCCACAUGGAACCAGUGGAGCCACUGACACGGGUGUCUACAGCAGGCCCCGAGGGAGGAGGCCGCCCAGAGCAGCCCUUCAUCGUGCUGGGGCAGGAGGAGUAUGGGGAGCACCACUCUUCCAUCAUGCACUGUAGAGUGGAUUGCUCGGGGAGGAGGGUUGCCAGCUUAGAUGUAGACGGGGUCAUCAAAGUGUGGUCCUUCAACCCCAUCAUGCAGACCAAAGCAUCUUCCAUUUCCAAGUCACCGCUGCUCUCUCUAGAAUGGGCCACCAAACGGGACAGGCUGCUCUUGUUGGGCAGUGGUGUGGGAACAGUGCGUCUUUAUGACACAGAAGCCAAGAAGAAUCUCUGUGAAAUCAACAUUAAUGAUGAUAUGCCCAGAAUCCUGUCUCUCGCGUGCAGCCCCAAUGGGGCCUCUUUCGUCUGUUCGGCUGCAGCUCCGAGUCUCACUUCCCAGGUGGACUCCUUGGCACCGGACAUUGGCAGCAAGGGCAUGAACCAGGUUCCUGGCAAGCUGCUACUGUGGGACACGAAGAGCAUGAAGCAGCAGCUUCAGUUCUCUCUGGACCCAGAACCCAUUGCUGUCAACUGUACAGCCUUCAAUCACAAUGGGAACCUACUGGUCACAGGAGCAGCUGACGGUGUCAUCCGGCUGUUUGACAUGCAGCAGCACGAGUGUGCCAUGAGCUGGCGGGCCCACUGCGGGGAGGUCUGCUCCGUGGAGUUCAGCUGUGAUGAGAAUGCUGUGUACAGCAUCGGCGAGGAUGGCAAGUUCAUCCAAUGGAACAUCCACAAGAGUGGCUUGAAAGUAUCUGAGUACAGCCUCCCCUCGGAUGCCACCGGUCCCUUUGUACUGUCUGGUUACAGCGGCUACAAGCAGGUUCAAGUGCCCAGAGGCCGACUCUUCGCUUUUGACUCAGAGGGCAAUUAUAUGUUGACAUGCUCUGCCACAGGGGGAGUCAUCUACAAGCUGGGUGGUGAUGAGAAGGUUCUGGAGAGCUGCUUGAGCCUGGGUGGCCACCGGGCCCCUGUGGUCACUGUGGACUGGAGCACUGCCAUGGACUGUGGGACCUGCCUCACUGCCUCCAUGGAUGGCAAGAUCAAGCUGACCACCCUCCUGGCCCAUAAGCUCUGAAGGACCUGCCUCAAGUGACACCACAGAAACAGUAUUGUCCUAGUGUUGGGGGAGAACAGACACACCCCUUCCAGGUUCCUGCCAGUGCAGCAGAUCUUCAGGCAAAGACUGUCCAGGGGGCUUGGGACUGUCCAGCUUCAGUGACUAGAACAGGAGCCUUAAGGAGCAGGUGGCAUGUUCUUCCCACAGAACAAAGUCAUGGGCUGAGAAGGAUCCUCUGACUGCGGGAGGAAAGCUCGGGAAGGAGAAACAGUGAUGGGGGCUGUGUUGGCCCAGGAGAGAUUGACAGUAUUUUAUAAAUAUAUCUCUGCUUAUUUUUCUUCUUUUUUUAAAAAAAGAGAAUGCUCUUGCAGUCA